AAGGAAUAACUGACAAAAACUCUUGAACAAGAGGGCAGCUCAAUUGUUUACCUUUUUGGCUGUUAAAAGGCUUUUCACUAAACCGAUGCAAUGCCUUAAAGAUUCUCCACUUUAUUAAAGCGUGGCUGGUGAGGAAGAACAGACGGGGAGAGCAUUUUUGACGUAUUGUGUUUCUUUUUGAAGCAACUCAGAAAACAUGAACAUCCUACCUAAGAAAAGCUGGCACGUUCGCAACAAAGAUAAUGUUGCGCGAGUCCGAAGAGACGAGGCGCAGGCCGCCGAAGAAGAGCGCGACCGCCAGAGGAGGGUGGAGCGCGCAGAGCAGGAGGCCCGAACUGAAUUCCUUCGCAGAAAGGCACGCACUUUGCAUUCUUCCCCAGAGAGUAAGAAGGAAGAAGGCGGCAGUCUUCAACAACAGGAGAAAUCGAAGCAUUUGGACUUGUUUGGAGUGAAUGACAGUGGAGAGAGAGAGAAGAGAGGAAAUGAGGAGUAUGAAAAAGAAAAGCAACAGGAAAAGGAACGACGAGAGCGUGCCAUUGGCCUGCUGGUUUCCCUUGGCCCUUCUCCUGGGACAGAUACUAAUCCAUGGUACCUGCAGAGUCCCACUGAACAUGGGUGCCCGGAGACAGAGUCUGGGAAAAAUGACAGGAAGAAACAGAAGGUUACUGAAGAUCAGCAAAGCAGAAAAGAAAAGAAGGACGCUAAGUUAAAGGCUUAUUUGGACCCUCUGCAUGAAAUGGAAAGCAUGCUGAAGAAGAAAAGGUCAGAGAAACAGGAGAAUAAACGAGAGAAGAAGGGGGAAAAGAGACGAGAAGACAAAGUUAGCGGAGCAGCAAGCAAUUCUUUGGAACGUAUGAGACAGGAGCGGCUGCAGAGGGAGGCAUCAGAAAGAGCUCGGGCCCAGAGUCUACUUACCAAGAGAACCGAAACAAAGCAGCAGGAGGAGAAGGAAGUCGAUGAGCGAAGCAGACCUUACAGUAGCCAGUACCAUCCUCACCUGGCCAGACAACGGCCUGCACCUCCAUAAGGCCUAUCUGGGACAUUACGCUUACAAGCAACCAAACUCUUCUACUAACAUUUCUGGGUUAUUCUACCUGUUAAGCGAGUAUCAGAAUACACAAUUAUCUCAGGUAUCGUUAUUCAGAUUGGGAUGUGCUGAAAUAACUGUCAAGUAUCACUUAAAAUGAGCUUUGUAUAAGAAUACAUUUCUUAUUUAAAUAAAAUGACGGAUACAGAGAAGAAGAA